AUGUCGCCACACGCAAUUCAGGAUAAUUCAGUCCCGACAGGGACAAACAACUGGUGGAAAGAAGCCACUGUCUAUCAGGUUUAUCCAGCUUCCUUCUAUGACUCCAACGGCGAUGGCUGGGGUGACAUCCCUGGUGUGGUCGAAAAAGUGCCCUACCUACAAUCAUUAGGCGUUGAUGUCGUGUGGCUGUCCCCGAUGUAUGACUCCCCCAUGCACGACAUGGGGUACGAUGUUUCGGACUAUGAAAACGUGCUGCCAGCUUAUGGAACUGUGCAAGACGUGGAGAACCUCGUGGAAGCGUGCCAUUCUCGGGGCAUGAAAGUCAUCCUGGAUCUAGUCGUCAACCACUCCAGUGAUCAACAUGCCUGGUUUCAGGAAAGCCGGAGUAGCAAAUACAACGACAAGCGCGAUUGGUACUUCUGGCGUCCGCCCCGAUAUGAUGAUGCUGGAAACAGGAUGCCUCCGAGCAACUACCGGGGUUACUUUGCCGGAAGCACAUGGACCUGGGACGAAAAAACAGAAGAAUAUUACCUACACCUCUACGCCAAGGAGCAACCUGAUCUCAAUUGGGACAACAAAGCCACCCGUGAAGCCAUAUACAACAGUGCCGUUCGAUUCUGGCUGGACAAAGGUGUUGAUGGUUUCCGAGUCGACACGGUCAACAAAUACAGCAAGCAUACCGACUUCCCAGAUGCCCCCAUCACAGAUCCAAAGAGUUAUAUCCAACCUGCCAUUGGCAUGUGGUGCAACGGGCCCCGAAUCCACGAAUUUCUGCGUGACAUGUACGACGAGUCAUUUGCACCUUACGGAGAUGUCAUGACGGUGGGCGAGCUGGCCAACACUCCGGAUCCAAAGAACGUUCUCGAGUACGUGGGUGCGUCAGCUAAAGAGCUGAGCAUGGUGUUCCAUUUAGAUAUUGGACACAUUGGCAUGGGGCCCAGUCUGGAGGAGAAAUACAUCUUGACUCCGUGGAAGUUGACAAAGAUGAAGUCCAUUGUGGAGAAGUGGCAGACCUUCAUCGAAGGGACCGAUGGUUGGACUACUGCGUUUUGCGAGAACCACGAUAAUGGACGUUCUGUUUCUCGCUUUGCAUCGGAUGCUCCUGAAUAUCGCGAGAUCUCGGCCAAAAUGCUAGCCCUGAUGAUGGUGACCAUGACUGGCACUCUAUUUAUCUACCAGGGGCAAGAGAUCGGCAUGAUCAACGCCCCUCGCGAAUGGCCUAUCGAGGAGUACAAAGAUAUUGAGGGACUCGGAUAUUACCGUGAAGCAGAGAGACAGAGUGCAAGUGGUGCUGACACGACGCGCAAAGAUCUCAUCAUGAAUGGUCUUCGCACAUUGGCCCGCGAUCAUUCCAGGUUGCCGAUGCAAUGGAAUGACUCCGCUCACGCCGGAUUCACUACCGGAAAACCAUGGAUGCGGGCUCAUGAUCUCUAUAGCGAAAUCAAUGUGAAGAGGCAAGAGGAUGAUGCCUCAAGUGUAUUGUCCUUUUGGAAAGAUGUCCUUCGUCUGAGGAAAGAGCAUCGAGAGCUGUUUAUCCAUGGUGCAUUUGAGGUUCUUGACUAUGAAAACCAGGAAACCUUCUGUUUUGUAAAGUCAAGAGGUGAUACACAGGCAUUGGUUGUUCUAAACUUCACGGACAAGUCGCAACCAUUCACACAGGCGAGUAAGACUACGGGGAUGAAGUUACUAGUGGGAAACUAUGAUUUCCCAUCUCAUGAUACCUUGAAGCCCUUUGAAGGACGUGUUUAUAUCUGA